CCCCUCUAGCCCCCGAUGGUACUCCACCACCAACUCUCUCCCCGGAAACGGCCCGCCAUCAAUCACCCAUUUGUACCACCCAAAAUCCCUAAACCUAAACCUAAACCUACCACCACCCCUACCACCACCAAUGAAGCCGACCAAUCCCAGAGACCCCAAAACGAUGUCGCAGAAGCCACAGCCAUCGACAAGAUGGUGUCACUGCUGGCAGACGCAGGUUGCACCCUCUUCCACCCCUCCGGUCCACCAUGUCUCCCCUCCAAUCCUCACAACUUCCGGCGCCACCUCCACCGCCUCUUCUCCUCCUCCUCCAACGCCUCUCCACGCUCCGCCUUCCUCUCCGGCUUCUCCUUUUAUGUUCAAUCUUCUCAGAAUCUCCACAGGGUUCUUUUACCUUCAAAUCGUGAUGGUUUGGGUCCAGCAACAUGUGAGAGCCUGGUCCGACAUCUCUUACUCGUUCCUCCAAUCCAAUUAGAUCUUCAGAACAUGCUUCUCGAGAAGCUUCCAGAAUAUUUUGAUAUAAAUCCAGAAUAUUCUGGAAGAUCAUCUUCACUUGAUGAGGACGUGGCCCGGCUUAUUGUUAAUCAUUUCCGCUGGCUUGAUUUUCUUGUUGAUUCUUAUGCAUUUACCAAUAAAUUGAUGCAAGUCCUAUCAAUUUGUCCUUUACACUUGAAGAAAGAGAUUAUUGGAUCUUUGCCAGAGAUUAUUGGCGAUCAAAACAACAAGACUGUGGUUGAUUCACUUGAAAAAAUGCUUCAAGAAGAUUCUGCUAUCAUUGUGUCUGUGCUUGAUUCUCUUUCCAAUUUGAAUUUGGAUGAUCAGUUGCAGGAGCAGGUUGUCACCAUAUCAUUGUCAUGCAUUAGAACAAUUGAUGCAGAGCACAUGCCAUAUUUACUCCGAUUCUUAUUUCUUUCUGCAACACCAACAAAUGUUCGAAGAAUAAUCUCACAGAUCCGAGAGCAGUUAAAAUUUGUUGGGGUAUCAAGUUCACGCACAGUGCAGCACCGUAAACUUAAGGGAAAGUCAACUUUGGGCAAUACAAAUGCUUCAAUUCUUGAUGCCUUGAGAUCAAGUCUACGAUUUAAGAAUAUGCUAUGUCAGGAGAUCUUGAAAGAAUUAAAAUGCAUUGAAAGAAUUCGGGACCACAAAGUGAUUGACAUAUGGCUGCUUAUGCUUAUAUACAUGAAUGGUGAGUCCUUGCAAAAAAGUGUUGAGAAGAUAUUCAAAAAGAAAAUUAUUGAAGGUUGUAUUCAUGAAGCUAUGGUUGAUCAGUGCAUUGGUGGAAACAUGGAAUUAGUACAGGAUUAUUUCCCCUCAUUCCUCUCCUUGUCGGAGUACUUAUUGGCAUGCAAAGAACAAAAAGCAAGGGACUUUGGCAUUCACAUGUAUUCCAUUCUAUUUGAAGAAUUUGUUGAUACUUAUUCAAGACAGGAAAUUCUCGGUGCAUUAGUUACUCAUGUGGGUUCUGGCAUUAGUUUUGAAGUGACCUCUGCUUUGGACACCAUGGUUCUGCUCGUCUCCAAGUAUGCACAUGAAUUGGUUCCACUUUCUUCUCAUAUAAAUGGUGUCUUGGAUUACUUGGAGGGAUUUAGUGUAGAAAAUCUGCAUAAAGUCUAUGAAGUUUUCAGCAAUCUAGCAAUAUCGGCUCGAUCUAGUGCAAAUUUUUUUGGAUCAUCCAUUGCAAAUGAACUUUUGAUGAUAGUAAGGAAGCAGGUCACCAGUCCAGAUUUGAAGUAUAAGAAGAUGGGGCUAAUUGGAACUCUGAAGAUAGUUUCUUGUCUUGUGGAUGCUAAUAUUUCUACCUGCCCUGGCCCAUCUCAGCAAGCAAACUCUGCGGAGGCUUUGGAACUCUUGAAAACAUCUUUGGACUCUUGCAAACAGUUUCCAAUACCAUUGAUUCUGUUUUAUGAUGAAUUAGUCACAAUGUUGGACUGCAGAACAGUUCAACCUGCAAUUGUGGAUUGGAUUGGCAAACAUGUUGGAGAGUUUGAAUCUAUGUUUUUAUCUGAUCUUGAAGGUGGGCAGUUGUCUGUUAAAGACUUGCAUUGUGGUUUAGAAGGAGAACUAAUGAUGAACUUGGAUGGUGAUAUAUCUCCAAUUUGUCUGAACAUUUUGCCACUGGUUUCCUCAUCCUUGCAGUCCUCUUCGAAUUUACAAAUUCUUCCUGCUAAUUUUGUUUUACUAUCUACAAUUGAGAGGUUGGCAAAUCAGGGAUCUCUAGGUGGAAUUGAUGCACUGCUUGGCUGUCCUUUACACCUUCCUUCAUCUAAGUACUUCUCAGGAGAUGGCUGGCAGUCUCUUACAGGAAAACAGAAACAUGUCGUGUGCCUCUCCCUCUAUUAUGCAACUAACUGGAUAAGGGAAUUGCUUAAUGCUUUCUGUACACAAGUCGUCGAUGGUAGAUUUGCAUGUACAACUCAGGCUACAAGAGAGGAAACAAUUGUGAAGCUGUUGAAACGUUUGAGGAACCUCUUAUUUCUGGAAAGCUUGUUAAAUAAUUCCCUCAAACAAUAUCCUCUAUCUCUACCUGAGCUCCACCUUCAUGUGGAGCAUUCUGGAUUUCAUCCUAAUCUUGUGGGGCAUGUGGAAAAGAAGAAUGAGCAUAAGAAAACAUAUGAAAGCUUCUCAUCAAACAACAAAAGGAAAGAUAGAAAGACGUCAAAGGCAUCAAAAGAUUCAGGGAUUGAUGGAAAACUCAGACAGCCUACUAUUCUUGAUGUGUUGAAGAAAGCAGGAGUCACAACAAGCCAGGGAACGCCAAAUGAUGAUUCGUCUGCUCUAUCCCCUAAAUGCAGGACAUCUGAAUCAGCAGAUCAACAUACCUAUGACACCAACAAGCACAUACUUUUAGAAGUGUCUGCAGUUUUCAAGGUUCUGGAAACACAGAGAUCCAAGUUCCGGCCUCUACUGGUUGAUUGUUUUUCCAUUUUUACAUUUUCAACGAAUCAAGAUUCCUGUUGCCCUGAUCCUGCAGCUGAGUUACCCCUACAUCUGUACCUUCUACGUGAUAUUCGCUACAAGUUGGAUUUCUUCAGUCCUCCAAGCAAAGCAUUUUCAGCCCGACACUUGGGUUCCCCACCUGGUCUCAGUAGAGUGACACUGAGUCAAUUCUUGGCCAAAAUUAAACCACUGUUUCUAACAUUUAAGAAACAUUUUAAUGCUGCAGUUUCUAUUCUUAAAGAAGGUAAUGAAAAUUGUGAAGAACAUUGGAAAGUUCAAUCUGCUUCUGCUGGGAAUCCAGAUAUACCCAAUCUUGUGCUUUCAAGAUCUUCUGUUUGUACCUCAGUAUUUAAUGAAAUACUUCAUUGCUUCAAUAUGAUGUUAAGACUUGCUGAUAUUAAUCUGGACAAACCAAUCCUCACAGGUCUUCUUGAAGCCUUCCAGCCCAUCAAAAUGCAAGAUAGUAUUUUUUCAGGCUUACAACCUAUCCCUCUGCCUGGGACCAUAGAGUAUCUAUAUUGUGGUGCUUAUUCUUUUGUGGAAGAUGUCUUGGACUUAGCAUGUUCUUUCUCUUUUAUGCUGGCUUCUGAAGCUCUACUUACUCUUGAAUCAAUUGUAACAUCAAUUCUGAAAUUCAAUGAUAAGUUAAUGGAAGGAAAUGAUAGAAGUACAAGCAUGGGAUCUAUUGAGGCCGUCCUUCCUACUUUGCGCAGCAGACUUGGCACUUCUUCUCGCAAAAUUCUAAUGCAUAAUUGGGAUAAUGAAAAUUCUGAGAAUGGUGUGAAGAGAAAAGGAGAAAUAGUGCAGAGGAUACUGCAAAUAUACCUGGGGAAUAGUGAGUCCACUUCUGAUUUGUUGCAUGAGCUUGCUUUCUCUAUCUUACCUCAGGCACAAUCAUCCAAAACAACAGAAGAUGAUUGUCAUGGCUUCCCAACUCUAUGUCCUGCAACGUUUAAUAUAUGGUACCGGGUACUGCAUGAAGAGAACCUUGCUAUUCUUAACAAGUUGGUUAAGGAAGUAGUUCACUCGGAGAAAAGCAGAGCUGGUGUUCAACUUGACACUGUAGAAGAACUUUUGAUCAAAUUACAGAAGUCAGCGAAUGUGCUUGUAUCAUUAGUCAACAUGUGCAGGACUCAGGACAAGGUAGCUGUGCAUGCAAUGGCUGUCAAGUAUGGUGGGAAGUUUGUGGAUUCCUUCCUCAAAGUUUUUGACUUCUUACAGAUCCACUUCCAAAUGCACAAUGAGCUUAUAAUCCAACUGGUGAAAGAACUUCAGAAAGCAACAAGAACGAUACAGACCCUGUGCUCUGAAGCCAAAGGCUUGAAACAAACGGUUAUUACCAGCAAAAUUCCCAGUACAAAGAGAUCCAUGGAACGCUUCUUGUUCCGAGUCAAGGCUCUUCUCCACACUUCCCCGAGUGAAUGUACUUUCUGGAUGGGCAAUCUGAAACACAAAGAUUUGAUGGGUCAGGUGGUGAGCUCCCAAGCAUAUAUGGACCAUCAAAAUGACAAUCUUGAUGAGAAUCCUGAAGAGCCUAUUGCCGAGGAGCAAUCUGCAGGUGAUGCUAGUGAAGAGGAUAGAGAAUUGUAAUGAAGAGUGCUUCAUCUAUCACAAGCUUCAAACACAUUCAUUGGAGGCAAAACAAAGUGAGUUUUGAGGGAACCGUCUGGUGUUUGUAUAGGGGCUGACUUGCAAAACGUAAAUCAAGCAUCAAUUUUGUUGAUCAAAAUUUCCCAAUUCCAAUGGUAAAAUCUUUACCAUUUCAUCUAUUGCUAGAUGGCUAUCAAAUACCAAUUUUCCAUUUAUUUAUUUA